AUGGAAGCGGAGGCGGGUAGGGUUGCAGGGAGCAGCUGUGGGGAUGGGGGAGAGCCGGUUCGGGCGUCUUACUGGCUGGAUGCUUGUGAGGACAUUGGUGAUUUUGUGGACUUUCCCGAGAAUUCGACUGCUCCGGCGGCGGUGGUGGUGAAUGGGAAUGGUGGCAAUCAGGAGGAGGUUGGUGAUUUUUUCGGUGGGAUUGAUCACAUUCUUGAUAGUAUUAAGAAUGGAGCUGGACUCCCUGAUUCGAAGGGGGAUGGGGUGGUUGGGAGUGUUAAGGAGGUGGUGGUUGGGGGGUCUGCUCAGAGUGGGGGUCGAAACUCUGAGGCUGGUUAUGGAGAAGGGAGAGUGGCGGUGGUGGCUUGUGCUGCGAAGCUUAAUCACAAUGGUUCUAGCAAGUAUGAGAGUAAUGGGAGGGGGAAUCGGAGUGUGAGGGAAAGAGAUGGGAGUGGUGAAGAAAGGUGUCCAAAGAGGGUUGCUGUAGAUAAUGGUAGGAAUGAGAGGUAUAGUUCAGGCAGAGGGCAAUAUCAGAUACGGGAGAGGAAUUCUGGUCGGAAGAGGCCUCGUGAUCCUCGCGACGACAUUGAUGGUAGGGAUAGGGAUAGGGAUAGGGAUAGGGAUAGGGAUAGGGAUGGGGAUAGGGAUAGGGAUAGGGAUAGGGAUAGGGAUAGGGAUAGGGACAGAGAUAGGGACAGGGAUAGAGAACGGACUAGGAGAAGAGAGUGUUAUGGUAGUAAUAGGAGGGAUAGCAGAGAUUUCGAAGCAAAGGGUUAUUGGGAGAGGGAUAAAUUGGGGUCAAAUGAGCUUGUUUUUAGAUUAGGAACUUACGAACCUCAUCAGAAGAAAGAGGAGAAAGUUGCCACUGACAAAACCAAUGAAAAGGAUGUGAAGAAAUCUGAAGAGCUGAAGAAAGAAAAGAUUCCCGAGGAACAAGCCAGACAGUAUCAAUUGGAUGUUCUUGAACAGGCAAAGAAGAACAAUACGAUAGCUUUUUUAGAAACUGGGGCAGGGAAGACACUCAUUGCUAUUCUCCUCAUGCAAAGUGUCUGCAAUGAUUUGGAAAAGAAGAAUAAAAAGAUGCUUGCUGUGUUUCUAGUUCCUAAAGUUCCACUUGUUUAUCAGCAAGCAGAAGUUAUUCGUGAACGAACUGGUUUCCAAGUGGGCCAUUAUUGUGGUGAGAUGGGUCAAGACUUUUGGGAUACACGAAAAUGGCAGCGUGAGUUUGAUACGAAACAGGUUCUAGUAAUGACAGCUCAAAUUUUAUUGAACAUUCUAAGACACAGCAUUAUAAGGAUGGAUUCGAUUAGUCUAUUGAUUCUGGAUGAGUGUCAUCACGCUGUGAAGAAACAUCCGUACUCUUUAGUGAUGUCUGAGUUCUAUCAUACAACCCCAAAAGAGAAGAGACCAUCUAUAUUUGGAAUGACUGCUUCUCCUGUUAACUUAAAAGGUGUUUCCAAUCAACUAGAUUGUGCAAUAAAGAUUCGUAAUCUUGAAAGUAAACUGGAUUCCGUUGUUUGCACCAUAAAGGAUCGUAAGGACCUGGAAAAGCAUGUUCCGAUGCCCUCAGAAAUUGUUGUGGAGUAUGACAAAGCAGCCAGCUUAUGCUCCUUGCAUGAACAGCUAAAACAAAUGGAAUUGGAAGUUGAAGAAGCUGCAAAGUCUAGCUCUAGAAGAAGUAAAUGGCAGUUUAUGGGAGCUAGAGAUGCCGGGGCCAAGGAAGAGCUACGCCAAGUGUAUGGUGUUUCAGAAAGAACAGAAAGUGAUGGGGCUGUUAACCUAAUUCAGAAGCUGAGGGCUAUCAACUAUGCACUUGGUGAACUGGGCCAGUGGUGUGCUUACAAGGUGGCGCAAUCAUUUUUGACAGCUUUACAAAAUGAUGAGAGAGCAAACUACCAGCUUGAUGUCAAGUUUCAAGAAAAUUACCUGAUAAGAGUCGCAUCUAUUUUACAAUGUCAUCUGUCAGAGGGCGCUGCUUCUGACAAGGAAACAAAUCUACCAGAUUCAGAGAGUGGUGUUUCUCAUGAUGAGAUCGAGGAAGGAGAGCUACCCGAUAGUCAUGUUGUUUCUGUUGGGGAACAUGUAGAUGUGAUAAUAGGAGCUGCUGUAGCUGAUGGGAAGGUGACGCCAAAAGUGCAGUCACUAAUUAAAAUUCUUCUCAAGUAUCAGCAUACAGAAGAUUUCCGUGCAAUCAUUUUUGUGGAGCGAGUUGUCUCUGCUUUAGUCCUUCCUAAGGUCUUUGCUGAGCUUCCAUCUCUAGGCUUUAUCGAGUGUGCUAGCUUGAUUGGCCACAAUAAUAGUCAGGAAAUGCGGAGUAGUCAAAUGCAGGACACAAUUGCCAAAUUCAAGGACGGUCGUGUGACUUUGUUAGUUGCAACUAGUGUUGCUGAGGAAGGACUUGAUAUUCGACAGUGCAAUGUUGUUAUUCGCUUUGACCUUGCAAAAACUGUUUUGGCAUAUAUUCAGUCUAGGGGCCGUGCUAGAAAACCUGGGUCAGAUUAUAUCUUGAUGGUGGAAAGGGGAAAUCUGUCACAUGAAGCAUUUUUACGGAAUGCCAGAAAUAGUGAGGAGACUUUACGGAGAGAAGCAAUAGAGAGGACGGACCUGAGUGAUUUGAAGGAUAGUUCAAGGUUAAUUUCAGUGGAAACUGCACCAGGUACAGUGUACCAGGUGGAGUCAACUGGUGCUCUCGUGAGCUUAAAUUCUGCUGUUGGAUUAAUCCAUUUCUAUUGCUCUCAGCUUCCGAGUGACAGGUACUCAAUACUUCAUCCUGAGUUUGUAAUGGUGAGACAUGAGAAGCAAGGAGGCCCGACUGAAUAUUCAUGCAAGCUUCAACUCCCUUGUAAUGCACCGUUUGAGACACUUGAAGGCCCUGUGUGCAGUUCAAUGCACCUCGCUCAACAGGCUGUUUGUUUGGCGGCCUGUAAGAAACUUCAUGAGAUGGGAGCAUUUACUGACAUGCUCUUGCCCGACAGGGGAGUUGGGGAAGAAAAAGAAAAGGUUGACAAGAAUGACGAAGGAGAUCCGCUUCCUGGAACUGCUAGGCACAGAGAGUUCUAUCCCGAGGGCGUAGCUAACAUUCUCCAGGGAGAGUGGAUCUUAGCUGGAAAAGAUCUUGGCAAUGAGGCGAAAUUGAUUAAUGUUUACAUGUAUUCCGUGAAAUGUGUAGACAUUGGCUCUUCAAAAGAUCCUUUCUUGACUCAAGUUUCAGAUUUUGCAGUUCUAUUAGGCAAUGAGCUGGAUGCAGAGGUGUUAUCGAUGUCGAUGGAUCUAUUUGUUGCUCGGACCAUGACUACAAAGGCUUCCCUUGCCUUCAGAGGUUCAAUUAGUAUCACUGAAAGUCAGUUGGCAUCCCUAAAAAGUUUCCAUGUAAGAUUGAUGAGUAUUGUACUGGAUGUGGAUGUUGAACCUUCCACCACUCCUUGGGAUCCUGCAAAGGCUUAUUUAUUUGUCCCCGUGGUUAGUGAUAACUGUGGAGAUGCUAUGAAAGAAAUUGAUUGGGAUCUGGUUGAAAAUAUAAUUGGUGCGAAUGCGUGGAACAAUCCCCUUCAAAGAGCUAGGCCUGAUGUUUUCCUUGGCACAAAUGAACGAACCCUAGGAGGUGACAGAAGGGAGUAUGGUUUCGCUAAAUUGCGUCAUGGCAUGGUUCAUGGGCAAAAAUCCCAUCCAACCUACGGUAUCAGAGGAGCUGUGGCACAGUUUGAUGUCGUUAAAGCUUCUGGACUGAUCCCUGAUCGGGAUGCAUUUGAAAUGCAAAAGGAUGUGGAUCUGCCUCAACACAAGUUGAUGAUGGCAGAUAGUUGUACCAAGGUCGAAGAUUUGGUCGGGAAAAUUGUCACAGCUGCUCACUCGGGGAAGAGAUUUUAUGUUGAUUCAAUAUGCUAUGAUAUGACUGCAGAAAACUCUUUCCCGAGGAAAGAAGGUUAUCUCGGUCCUUUGGAGUACAGCUCAUAUGCUGAUUAUUACAAGCAAAAGUAUGGAGUUCAGUUAAUGUAUAAGAAACAACCUCUAAUAAAAGGACGUGGUGUCUCAUAUUGUAAGAAUCUCCUGUCCCCUCGGUUUGACCACGUGGAAGGUGAAUCUGGAGAGUCUCUGGACAAAACAUACUAUGUAUUUCUCCCUCCUGAGCUUUGUUUAGUACACCCACUGUCUGGAUCACUUGUCCGUGGAGCUCAAAGAUUACCCUCAAUAAUGAAAAGGGUUGAAAGCAUGCUGCUAGCGGUUGAACUUAAGGAGAUAAUAAAUUAUCCUGUCCCUGCUUCUAAGAUAUUGGAAGCAUUGACUGCUGCUUCAUGCCAGGAAACAUUUUGCUAUGAAAGAGCGGAGCUUCUGGGUGAUGCAUACCUCAAAUGGGUUGUUAGUCGAUUUCUUUUUCUUAAGUACCCUCAGAAACACGAAGGUCAGCUUACUAGGAUGAGACAACAAAAGGUGAGUAACAUGGUUUUGUAUCACCAUGCAUUGGAAAGAGGACUUCAAUCAUAUAUCCAAGCAGAUCGCUUUGCUCCAUCUCGAUGGGCGGCUCCUGGGGUGUUGCCCGUCUUUGAUGAAUAUACAAAAGAUGAAGAAUCAUCCUUGUUUGACCAAGAGGAUGUAAAUCGACGAAAAACAGAUGACCCGAUUAAUGAAUAUGAGGAUGAUGAAUUGGAGGAUGGCGAGCUGGAGAGCGACUUGAGUUCUUAUAGAGUCUUGUCAAGCAAGACACUUGCAGAUGUUGUUGAAGCGCUUAUUGGGGUUUAUUACGUAGAAGGUGGGAAAAAUGCUGCUAACCAUCUCAUGAAAUGGGUUGGAAUUGAUGUAGAGUUUAAUGCUGAUGAGAUAGAGAACACAACAAGGCCAUGUAAUGUUCCCGACAGCGUUCUUAGGAGCAUUGACUUUGAUGCGUUGGAGGGUGCUUUGAAUAUUAAAUUUAGAGACAAGGGCCUCUUGGUGGAAGCCAUUAGUCAUGCUUCACGACCAUCUUCUGGAGUAGCCUGCUAUCAGCGGUUGGAGUUUGUGGGUGAUGCUGUCUUAGAUCAUCUUAUUACAAAACACUUGUUCUUCACAUACACAGAUCUGCCUCCAGGCAGGUUGACCGAUCUUAGAGCUGCUGCUGUUAACAAUGAAAAUUUUGCUCGUGUUGCUGUGAAACAUAAUCUCCAUCUACACCUUCGACAUGGAUCCAGUGCUCUUGAAAGACAGAUCCAUGACUUUGUGAAGGAAGCUGCAAAUGAAUUAACAAAGCCUGGGCUCAACUCAUUUGGUUUGGGAGAUUGUAAAGCUCCUAAAGUUCUUGGUGACAUUAUCGAAUCUAUUGCGGGUGCCAUUUUUCUAGAUAGUGGACGUAAUACUGCAGUUGUUUGGAAGGUGUUUGAACCUCUGCUUCAACCAAUGGUCACCCCAGAGACACUACCAAUGCAUCCGGUCCGUGAGCUGCAAGAAAGAUGCCAGCAACAGGCUGAAGGCCUUGAAUACAAAGCCAGUCGAAGUGGCAAUUUGGCUACUGUUGAAGUCUUGAUCGAUGGUGUCAAGGUGGGAAUUGCUCAGAAUCCACAAAAGAAGAUGGCACAGAAACUGGCUGCCAGGAAUGCUCUUGCUGCUUUAAAAGAUAAGGAAACAGCUGAAGCAAAGGAGAGGCAGGAGGAAGAUAAUGGGAAGAAGAAGAAAAAUGGUAGCCAAACAUUUACCAGGCAAACUUUAAAUGAUAUAUGCUUGCGUAAAAACUGGCCCAUGCCAUUCUACAGGUGUGUCAAUGAGGGUGGCCCUGCACACGCAAAGAAGUUUACAUUUGCUGUACGCGUGAAUACUACUGACAGAGGAUGGAUAGACGAAUGUAUCGGAGAGCCUAUGCCGAGUGUCAAGAAGGCCAAGGACUCGGCAGCAGUUCUUCUAUUGGAACUAUUGAAUAAGUUAUACAAGUGAUGGUGAUGCAACUAAGUUUUGCAGUUGGGUGCAUCUAUCUUCAGCCUCACUAUUUCUCCAAGAUCUGCUAGGCCGCUAUAUGCUCUAGCGUUCUCCAAGAUCUGCUUCGUUAGAUUGAAUGAUUGAUGUAGCAAUACAGAUGAAUGUUCAGGAAACUUCGUCAUCAUAUUCUUUUAAGAAAUUCAGAUCUUCCUGAAAACGAGGUUGAUUGAACACUAACUUCUUGAAAAUAGAAACAUAGACAAAAAAAAAAAUUGCAAUGCAUUC